AGUGAAAAGUUUCAGGAAUCGCUGAACAGAUGGUGCUGAGAACGCUGCAUCCGCAGCGCCGCGUAGUGGCAUACUUUAAAACGCGUUAGCAAGGCGUCAAGGUGUUCUUUCGUUUUCUGGCAACGCUUAAAGAUGGCUCCGCAGGUCCCUGUGAAGAAAGCCAAGCCACAAACUGGCAAGAAGCAGCAUCUUCGUGGCAAAGGCCAAAAGAAGAAAGCUUCCCUGAAGUUCACUAUUGACUGCACUCAUCCUGUUGAAGACAAUAUUAUGGAUGUUGCAAACUUUGAAAAAUACCUUCAGGAGCACAUAAAAGUUAAUGGCAAAACCAACAACUUUAGCAAUAACGUUGUCUUGGAACGUAAUAAAAUGAAGUUGUCUGUAAACAGUGAUAUUGACUUUUCUAAACGGUACCUCAAGUACUUGACAAAGAAGUACCUGAAGAAGAACAAGCUCCGUGACUGGCUGCGGGUUGUUUCUAAAGAUAAAGACACAUACGAGUUGCGUUACUUCCAGAUUAACAGUCAGGAAGAUGACGACGAGGAAGACGCAGAGUAAUUUAAUGCAAAAAUCAUUUUUACUCUAUCGAUGACAUUACAAAGAAACAUCUGUACAUACGUUAUGUCAAUAAAUGAUCAUCGAUCAAAAACAA